AUGGCCACGACACAGCUGCUUCUGCUUAUGGUGGCUCUCCUGGUCCUGGGUUGUGUGCCUCCAGGGAGAAGUGAAUUCAGACGGUGCUGGAGGGGCCAAGGGGCCUGCCGGACUUACUGCACAAGGCAAGAAACCUUUAUUCACCUGUGCCCAGAUGCUUCCCUAUGCUGUCUCCCCUAUGGACUCAAGCCUCCAGUGCACUCUAAGCCAAGAACUGCAUAG